AUGCAGGAUAUUAUUGACCAUUUACCCAAAUUGCCUGAAAUCCAACAACAAAAGCUUACUAUUCCAGAAUUCGAUGAAAUAGAAGUCAAAGCAACUGACUCAGUAGAAAUAAAGAAGUUCAUACGAAAGGUUAACUAUGAGUUUCUUGGAUUUCAUUGCAACCACAAAGUCAUGGACAAAGAUUGCGAUAUGGUAUAUAAGAACAUCUCUGACAUAUACAAAUCUGGGGAGUUUAAGACCUACGACAACUUUGUUUCGUUAGUUGCAAAAUGUGUAUGGCAGAUAAGAGAUAAAGAUAGAAGAGGUAAGAUAUGGAAUGAACAGAUAAAACCCGCAACUUUUGAGUUAAAGAGAGCAAUUGACGCCUUAGUCAUACUAGCAGGUAAGGUUUCAGAAUAUAACGCAAAAAUGAACCCGCAAUGUUCUAAAUGUAAAGCAGCAAUGAGGAAAUAUAACUACUCCGUCAAAGAGAUAGAACGUAUGCGAAACGACUAUGCUGACUUAAAGAGGGAGGCAGAGAAACCAGCAGAAGAUAAAAUGGACAUGUUGACAUUUCUAAACAAAAACUAUCCAACAGCUGACGAUUUCCUUCUUUCAGAUGUCAAGAAGAAGUAUAAAGAAACCUUCGGCAUUGUUAAAACAUUCGAUGUACUGACAGAAGAAAUAGAAGCUACGAAAUUGUUUAGAAUUUCACGAAUUCACAAUGUUUACCAUGUAAAACGCUUAUAA